UUAAGGCUUCUACAAAAGAAUGAUAUGGUUGACAGCUUUGGCAAUCUCUAUGGAGGUGUUGAAAACUUUGCACGAGUCUUACAUGCAACUCAAGGAUCAAGUUGCUGUGGUUAUAAUGUGACAUGGUGCAAGAAUACUAUGAGCCAGUGUUGCAUGUUUCACUUGUUUUCUUUGCCAACUGCGAAUUGGUAACUGAUACAAAUUUGGAAAUUAUUGGAAGACGUGAAUUAAAGGAAAGUUUGUUGGCUUUUAACAACUAUUAACAUCUCCAUAAAUUAAAAUAAAAGCAAUAUUAGUGAGCUGGCUACGUGUAUUGUGUAUAGUUUGGAGAAAUAACUUUCUUAUAAAAAAAUUGGACCCCAAGACCACAUUCUAAGAAACUCAUACACAAACUUGUUUUUUUUUUAAUGAAUUUAAACGACAACUUUUAAUAUAAUCAUAUUUAAAAAGAAGGAUCAACAUCUCAUAUAUAUUCACAUUUUUUUUUUCAUUCUUCCCUCUUAAACCUAUGGCCUAUACUCGAAUUCAACCCCACUUUAAUUAUGUGGACUGGUUUAGUAUGAAAGCACCACCCUAUUGAAAAAUAAUAUAAAAAAAAGUAAUACACUGUCCAGCAACUUUACAAAUAAUUUAGGCUAACUUAAAUCACUUGGUAACUAUUACCAUAUGAUUUUCUAUUUUCUUUGCAAAACUGACCGGCCCAAAUGCUUUUUUAGAAAUGAUUUGGGUUAGAAUACCCUGUUGAGAACCAUUUAUGGGCUAGCCCAACUUCACCUCAACAUCCAAUGAAUAAUUAUCUCAUUAUGGCAUAGUGGCGUUAUCCAAUGACAAAUAUCAAAAGAAAAACAUGUUUCAUUGUCAUGUGACCACAUACUCUAGCCACAUCAAAAGGUCUAAAUUCUAUCAUCUACUACACCCCAUCUCAACUCUAAACCAGUGUCAAGUAUGGUAAUUUCUUCGUGCUCUUUGAGCUGGAUUUCACCCUGCUUGUCCCAUAAGCUGAACUUGCCACAUUCUAUUUAUUUGCCACGUAAUACUGCAACUUCAUCUUCCAACACUGUCUUUUGUGCAUUGGAGACAACCCCAAGUAGAGAAAGCCACUGCCAGAGAAGACCGCUAUUGUUGGGCAUUGGAGCAUUAAGUACAAAUUUACAACCAACAAAUUUGCUCUUUGCUCAAGAAAUUUCAGACAGAUACGGAUCUUUUGUGGACUAUGAAGAUGGGUAUUCUUACGUAUAUCCCAUUGAUUGGAAGGAAUUUGAUUUCAGGGCUCGUGAUUCAUCAUUUGAAGACAGAUAUCUACAGUUACAAAAUGUAAGGGUGAAAUUCAUACCGACUGAGAAGAAAGACAUCCGAGAUUUGGGUCCAAUGGAAGAGGUUAUAUACAGUUUGGUGAAACAUAUAUACGCUGCACCAAACCAAAGAUCAACAAUAUAUGACAUGCAGGAGCGAACCAUAGAUGAAAAACAUUACUAUACAUUUGAAUAUGUACUUGCAUCACCAAAUUACUCUGGUGCAUCCUUUGCAACAAUUGCUAUAGGAAAUGGCGAGAAGGUACUACACGUUAAUUGUGGGAGCCAAUGAAAGGAGAUGGAAAAGAGUACGAGAUCAGCAUAAAGUGGUAGCCGACUCCUUUAGGCUUCUUGACAUAUGAAAUGUCACAGGACAAUGCAAGACAUGUUUUAAUAUGCCUAAAGAUCAAGUUUGAAAUAUAUAAAUAUAUCAAGUGCAAAAUAAUUUUUUACAAGUGAAUGAUAUCUUCUACCACUCUAAUAGCAAUUUUCGUUA